CGCCGCGGAGACGGCGGCCAUGGUGGGCGGCGGGCCAGCUCCGCUCGAGGAGCCGCCGGGCUCGACCGAGUCCCUGGUCCGCACCAGGACUUCGGCGCCCACCGUGUCUCCCGCCGAGCCGGGCCCGCUGGCCGAGGCGCCGGGCAGGAGCCUGUGGGAGCAGAUCGGCGAGGAGAUCGAAGCUGAGAAGCCUCCCUCUCCAGAAGGCUAUAAGGUGGCCUUUACAGAAGGAGACAAGGUGAAGCAGGAAGCUGCGAGCAUUGUUUCUACUGAAUCCAUUUUCCAUGGCUUCAAUGCACAGUACCUUCAUACCCUCCUGCGCAGCUCCGCGCUCCCUCAUCGACUCUGUUCUCAAGUGCAACCCAAGGAAAUCGAUCCCCAAACAUGUUCCCCCAGAGAAUACCUGGAAGUGUUUGUCUUUCCAACCCUGCUUCCAGGAAUGGAGAAUUUGCUGCAGCAAGCUGAGAGAGAAAAGUGUUUCCAGAGGAAAAAGACGAAAUUCAUUGCCUGUGAUUAUCUGACCCAGUGGUUAUACAAUCAAAAUCCAAAGAGGGCUGAAGAGGCUUUCCUGGAAUUCUUCUCCAUCCCAUUUGUGGAGCAGUGGCUGAAGGAUCACCCCCGGCCUCCCAUCUCACUGUCCCUGCUGCUGUCAGAAGAGGAGGCAGCGGUCAUCAUUCAGGCCUUCUGGAGAGGCUACCUGGUGCGCUGUCACCCUGAAAUCCAAGAGCUGCGUCAGUGGCAAAAGAAGCUGAGGGAGGAGAAGCACAUUCGCCAAAGAAUCCAAAUGUUCUGGGCCAAACAAGAACGGAAAAUGCACUGCACCAUGGAGGGCUAGAGAAGCCCAGUCUCUGACUCCACACGGAUUUGUUCCCUCCUGAGCAAGGACCCAGUCCAGAGCCUGCAACCGACCUCCUUCACUGGGACUCAGCAGUUACUGCAUAAUCUUUACCCACAUAGGAUUAGUUUGUGUCCUUUAUUUGGCCUAAGAAAAGCUUGCCAUCACUUCCUGAUCCAACCCACAGUUUUACUCUUUUUUUAUUCUCCUCUAUGGGGCUCCCACCUGGCAGUGCUCAGAGCUUACUCAUGGCUCUGCACUUAAGGAUCAGUCCUGGUGGGCUUGGGGCACCUAGGGGGGUGCCAGGGAUCACAUGCAGGUAGGCUGCAUGCAAGGCAAGCGCUCUCCCCACUGCACAAUCACUCUGACCCCCAUAUUUUUACUGUGUCUAGAAAUUUCGUCUUGAUCCUCCCCAACCAUGCUCUGUUGUUAGUUUCCCACUUAGGAUCACCUUUGCAAAGACACUGGUUUUACAUCUGAGUUCCAAAAUCUGCAGGCAAGUGUUCAUUUAAUUAAAAAAAUUUUUUUCCC